ACCCCACGAUGUUUCGAUCGCAACACAAGCGGUCUUCAUCACGUGUUGCGAUCGAAACGUCGCGGGUUUUUUGCUUUUAUUUUAAUUUAUUUUUAUUUUAUUGUUAUUUUCUAUCUACGUGACUUUACCCGAAAGAACCAAGAAUAUAGUUACGACUGUACUCUGGUCGCCACGGGUGAAGAGGCCGAGUGGGCUCGGUUCAACUGUUGCCAGGUGAUGGGGUCGUCCAUGUUGGGUGUCAUUGCGGCCAAAAACAAGCAGCAGUACGAAGACCAGGACUCCCUGGUCUACCAUGAGGACGAAAUUGGCCUCGCCCGGUCACAAAGUGACGGCGUGGACGGGGGGGCCCAUCGUGGAAGGGGGAGCCGUGGGUUGGGACCCCAAGAAGGCGGUGUACGUUCCUCAUGGGGGGGGCCCUCAGGAAUUGACGGCCGCCUCUGCGCAGUGGCCUGCCCGCGAAGGGCCGGGGCCACGAUCUGCGCUGCCGACGCGGGAGCGUCGACCUGGGGGGAGUGCUGUGCGUCGUAAUGACGUUGAGUGCUUCCGCUGCAGUCGCAAAGGCCACUACGCCAGGGAUUGCUGGGCCCGUAUCCCGGGGCCGCCCCAGCAGGAGGCCUCGACCGCAGACGUGCCGCGGAAGGACCCUCCUGGACAGGCAAGUCGGUGCGCACCAGACACCCGGCAAGGCUUGGCACCUCAUUCAUCACCGUUGCCGCGCGAUCCGGGUGUCGUUAACAACGGGAGGCCGCCGACUGGGCCAUGUCGCUCGGUAACGCAGUGGCGUAAAUUGGCAUGGCGGGUUGUGGCGGCCGCUACUGGUUCGUCCACUGUGCCAGGUUCUAUACAAGGGGUCGACGUGCGCAUUUUAGUGGACUCCGGUGCGUCCGCGACGAUUAUAUCGGAUGUCAUUUUCCAUCUGUUGAGCAUCCCGCCGGACGCAGUGCGCCCGGUUUACGAUUCCUGUGUAACAGCGAACGGGGGGAAUAUGGGCAUUGUGGGCCAGGUGGACGCCAAUAUAUCCAUCGGGGGGGUGUCGGCCUCGGGAACUGUGUUGAUUUCGAGGUUCCUUGUGGUUCCGUGUUUAUUGGGAACUGAUUUUCUGGCCAACAUGCCCAUUCUGAUAAGACGUUCACGGCCCAGCACCAUCUGGGCCGCCAGGAUGUGGUUGCUGGAGUUUCGGGACCUGGGGGCCAAGAUGAUCGCUGGGUUUGUUCCAAAUUUUGCAACGAUCGCUAGGCCUCUACACCUCCUUACGGGUAAAGGACGGAAAUUCAGUUGGGGACUGCCAGAGGAGGUGGCGUUUAAAGACCUGCGCGAUCGUUUGGCAACGGCGCCGACAUUGGACUAUCCCGAUUUUGAUCACCCCUUCAUUCUGGACACGGACGCGAGUGACACGGGCAUUGGGGCCAUUCUGUCACAGUCCAAAGGCGGUGUGGAACACGUGGUGGCGUACGGGGGGCCGCCGCUCGUCCGGGACGGGCCGGAGCGGAGAGCGCCGCUGAAGAUGUGGGCAUGGAGACAUCCGCCCAACUGCCUGUCCGACCGCCGACCGCCGAUCGCCGCGGGCGACGAGAUCCAGGCUGCACAAGGCCGUCUCGCCCAGCUGCUGCAUCCUUGA